GACUGGGGUCCCCUCAGGUGUUUGGAUCCAGUCAUGGCCGGGAACUCAGAGAAAGUGCCGAUCGCGUCGGCGGGACCAGAGGACCUGCAGCACUUCAUGCCCCCGGCCUACUCCGCCGUGGCCGUGAAGCCCGCCGCCACCGGCCGCCUCCUCAAGGCCGGGAUCGCGGUGCUCAUCGCCGGGGCUUUCCUCCUGCUACUGGGGGCAGUCGGAGCUUUCUACUUCUGGAACCAUAAUGACAAACACAUCUACAAUGUCCACUACAGCAUGAGCAUCAAUGGCAAAGUGGAGGAGGGUACGAUGGAGAUCGACUCGGCCAACAACAUGGAGCGAUUCAGCACCGGCAGCGGGGCGGACGAGGCUGUGGAGGUCCAUGACUUUGAGAUUGGGAUCACGGGGAUCAGGUUUUCAGGGGGCGAGAAGUGCUACAUCAAGACCCAAGUGAAGGCCCGUCUGCCCGACGUGGAGGCUCUCAACAAGGACUCCAUGACAUUCGACCUGGAGGACGAGGUGAUGCCGGCCAAGUUUGAGGACGAUCUGAUCUGGGUGGCGGCUGGCACUCCCCUCUCGGACUCCGGCUUCCUCAGCAACAAGAUAAAGGACUUGUGCGGAGACCUGCCAAUCUUCUGGCUCCGUCCCACCUACUCACCCAGCGGACAGAGGGAGAGGAGGGCCGCCCUUCGCCAGCGCCGCCAGGCAGCCGGGGCCGGCGAGGAGGAAGAGGACGUGGAGGCAGAGUUCAACCCGGAGAACCCUUAUCAGAGAGGUCUUGAGGGCGAGGAGGGCGCCAUGAACAUCGACCCCAUGCUGGACCACCAGGGCGUGUGCUGCAACGAGUGCCGUCGCAGCUACACCCACUGCCAGAGGAUCUGCGAGCCGCUGGGAGGGUACCAACCGUGGCCGUACCACUAUCAGGGCUGCAGGGUGGUGUGUAGAGUCAUCAUGCCCUGCAACUGGUGGGUGGCGCGCAUUUUGGGUCUGGUGUAA